AUGGCCCAGGACGCACACCCCCCAAAGCGACGACGUCUCGACGAACGCGGGUGCCACUCCCAGGACUCCUCGUCGGACGAGCUGGGCGGGAACUCCGAUGUCGAGCGGCGCAGAGCAAGCUGGCUGAAACAGGUGAAAACGACGUACCAAUCACCCCGGCCUUUCAAAGCGACUCCCCGCGAAAAAAUGCGCAGCGACUCCGAAAGCCCGGACGAAUUGACUGUGGACCAUCAGGCAUACUGGCGCAGACAGAGUGGAGCUCAUUCCGCAGUGCGGUCGACGUCCCAGAAAAGCAGCACGUCGGGGAGAGGCUUCUGGAAAGACAUGGACGAUGAUGAAGACAAGGGCGACGCCGAGGGAGAGGGUGACGAGGAGGAGGAGAACGAGAGAAGAGCCAGCAGCGAGGACGAAUCUGACAACGGAAAAGCCGAAUCCCCCGUUCGCGUACGGACGCCUACUCCACCACCACCACCACCACCACCACCGCCAAAGCCGGAAAAGCUGAAUUAUAGGGAAAAAUUGGUUCUGAGAGGUCAUCAGCGGGGGGUUUCGGCUGUCCAGUUUUCUCCGGAUGGGACAAUGAUUGCUAGCUGCUCUGCGGACUCCACGAUACGGGUUUGGAAUUCCUCCACCGGCCGGUUAAUACACAUGUUUGAGGGCCACCUUGCUGGCGUUUCUACCUUGUCAUGGAGCCCUGAUGGAACAUUCCUUGCCUCAGGCUCUGACGACAAAUCAAUCAGACUCUGGAAUGUUUUAACAGGGAAACAACACCCAAUGCCCUUCCUAGGUCACCACAACUAUAUCUACUCUAUCGCAUUCUCCCCCAAAGGCAACAUGCUCGUCAGCGGCUCUUACGACGAAGCCGUCUUUCUCUGGGAUGUCCGUUCCGCCCAUGUAAUGCAGUCUCUCCCAGCCCACUCAGAUCCUGUCGCCGGCGUCGAUUUCAUUCGCGAUGGCACAUUAAUCGUUUCCUGCGCCAGCGACGGCUUAAUUCGAAUAUGGGACUCCGCGACGGGGCAAUGUUUACGAACGCUUGUUCACGAAGACAACCCUCCUGUUACCAGCGUGAAAUUCUCCCCGAAUGGGAGGUUUGUGCUGGCGUGGAGCCUGGAUGGGUGUGUCCGGCUUUGGAACUAUGUUGAGGGCCGGUGCAUAAAGACGUACCAAGGACAUAAAAAUGAACAAUAUAGCAUAUCUGGCGGCUUUGGCACGUAUAAUGCGCCGGGUGGACCGCUCAAUGCUUUUGCAUACAGCGGAAGUGAAGAUGGUGCGGUCGUGUGCUGGGACGUUGUUAGUAAAAAAAUUCUCCAAAGGCUUGAAGGGCAUACAGACGUUGUAUUAGGCGUCGAUGCCUGUUCUUCCAAUGGAAAGCGGCUCAUCGUGAGCUGUGGAAUGGACAAGACGAUUCGUCUUUGGGAGGAGGAAGAAGAAGAGCAGGAGGGGAAGAAGGAGGAGGAGGUCCAGCAGGAAAAACAAGAGGUGCAGGAGCAAAAGCCCAAUGAACAUGACCCAGAUCAAACCCAAGUGAAUGGCAUGUCGAUAUUAGAAUGUGAGAAUCAGCCUAAGAGCUCGAACACGCCACAGAUCGAUGCGGAUGGUGACUCAAAAAUGGGCUAA